AUGUCUAAAACAUAUUAUGAUGUCAGCUCCCAAUACAUGAUGAGUCAGAUUGCAGGAAUUUCUAGACUUAUAUUAACUCAAAUCAAUCAAGAACGUGAAAGUCUUAUGAAACGAAUUGCUCAAGAUACAUUAUCGACAUCAGCGAAAGUUUCUCGUAUGGUAUUGGAACGACGACAACAAUAUGAGCAGCGCAAUCAAGAAAGACAAGAAGUAUACGAAAGAUUUAUUCAACAAGCAACAUUAGAAGAAUUACAAUCAUCUAUUGGAAAAUAA